AUGGAGCCAAAAAAUGUCUGUCUUCGCCUUUUGCUACGGUUCACAGAUGAUACGUUUGACCCGGAACUUGCAGCAACAAUUGGUGUGGACUUCAAGGUGAAAACUAUUUCAGUUGAUGGAAACAAAGCUAAGCUGGCAAUAUGGGAUACCGCAGGUCAGGAGCGGUUCAGAACAUUAACACCCAGUUACUAUAGAGGUGCACAGGGUGUUAUUCUAGUUUAUGAUGUCACGAGAAGAGAUACCUUUGUCAAGCUGGAUAACUGGUUAAAUGAAUUGGAAACAUACUGCACAAGGAAUGACAUAGUUAAAAUGCUAGUUGGAAACAAGAUUGAUAAGGAAAACCGUGAAGUUGACAGAAAUGAAGGUCUCAAAUUUGCAAGAAAACAUUCCAUGUUAUUCAUAGAGGCAAGUGCAAAAACAUGUGAUGGUGUACAGUGUGCCUUUGAAGAACUUGUUGAAAAAAUCAUUCAGACUCCUGGACUGUGGGAGAGUGAGAGCCAAAACAGAGGUGUAAAGUUAACAAACAAGGAAGAACGAUAUGGAGGAGGAGCAUGUGGUGGAUACUGCUCUAUGUUAUAAACUUUGGGAAGCUUUUUUCUUUGCAUAUUUAAACAGAUAGUGACAUCUUUCUGUAAAUAAAUUCAUUAAAUGCUAUUUUUAGGGACCUUGCAGUUUGCACAUAUUUGUUUUGUAUCAUGGCAGUGAACACUUGUAGGAAAAAAUGCUCUGCAGCUUUUCCAGUUUGAGAACACUGUGGUAAGCAUGCCCMGUUUGCAAUCUUCAGGUUUUUAUAAGUAGCAUAAAUAAUGUGCAAGAACAAAUGCACCCAGAUUUUUUUGCUCAUAUACAUUCAUCAAGUAACUACUCUUAAAAAAACUCAUUUAACAUAUAGAGAUGACUACAUUGCCUGCUUUUUGUCUCAUUUUUAGAUAUUCUUGAAGUUAUAGAAAAACACAGUAUGCACAAAUUCCCCAAACCAUGCGAGCUAUAAGUACUACAUUUCAUGUCUUCUAGUAUAAUGCUUUUUUUAUGGUAUUAAAAAUAGCAUGAUUAUACAAUUCUCUAGACGAAUCUGCUAAAUUUUUCUYUCAGCAGAACUGUCUAAAAUAUGAACUGGCACAGGCAAUAGUUUCCGCACUCUUUUGAAGAGAUGCUUUGAAAGCUUCCUUUGCAAAGCUGGAGAAUACUGUUUUUUUUCAUUUUCUUUCUAUUUUUUUUUUUCUUUUUAAUCAUUGCUUCGGUUGACCACUUAACUGGAGUUUUAAUCCUCUGAUAUUUAUAUACUACAUUCAUGAUACUCUUGCACACUAAGUUUUUAUGAUGCGGUCUUCUCUAGACCUGCCACAGAAAGUCUUCAUUUUGGCAACGGGUUUGAAUGACAUCUUAUUCUUUUAUUGUGACUCAGUUUACCACACCUCAGUACAGACACCUAAUUUUCCUAAAUAUUUGUAAUGUAACUUAAGCUCAAACUGUAGCUCACUAUGACUAUGAAGAUCUGUAUCACGUCUGCUUUGUGUGGCUACUUGUUCUGAAAUAUAGCUUCCCAUCCCAGACAUUAAAUGGGAAGUUAUACAGCUUUUGGAUCUCUGUAUGGAAAAUACUAUUGCAAUGAGUAUUCACUUGAAUUUACUGUAACAAAGCCAAUGGUUUGUUUCAGAAGACUUGUAUAGACUAAUAAAUUUUUUUUCCACAGUAUUCAACUUUUCUAACCUCUUCCUAUUGUAGA